AUGCCAACAUCCAAUUAUUCGGGCGGGGAGCCAAAGGCUGGAGUUGAGCUCUCAAUCUUUCGCGCCUUGGAGGUGGUCAGCGAGGUCAUUAGCGUUCGCCAUUUGGUCGGGCGCCAUUCUGUUUCUGUAUCCAUUCCGUUUUUGUAUCUUAAAUUGGCCGGGGUCAUGGUUAAUAUGAGCGACCAAAUUUUUAUCUUUGAAACCGUGUUUCUUCUUGUUCUUGCGAAAACAACUGAAAGAGUUGUCAAAUGGUUGAGUAAGCGUUUUGAAGAGAGCUGAUUAGCACCACCUUCGAUGAUUCGAAUCUUUUUCCCAUGAUGGAGAAUAUAAAUUUGGUUGUUAUGAGGAUUGAGGGAGUGAAACGGAAGUGGAUUCGCAGCUCAUACGGAAGCCGUUCUGAAUCCUUUCUUCGUUUCCGACUGUAUUGGAGAUCAAUUCAAGCGAAAAGGGACCGUUUUUUAAGAUUUAUAUAGCUGUGAGCGAGGUGUUUCGCCGUUUCCUGACCUCUCUCUUCUCGAGUUGUGAUGUCACAGCUCUCGCGGUUGAGACGUUCGUGUUUUUUACGACCAAGUAGAUGACUCGUUCCAUCGCGAUAGCCGUCUUGGUAGGGUUUCGAAAGGAAUUUAGCCCUGAGGGUCUAGUAUAAUAUAAGGUUGUAAAAAAAUAAUGUUUUAGCUGGAGGAGAAGGAUUAGAAAGGUCUCGCGAGGCUCGACUUAUCUCUUUCUUGUUUUCUGAGAGUCUAAUUAGGUCAAUUUCGUCUUUUGAGUAAAUUUCCUCCUUUUAAUACCUGAGAAUCCGAUUUGCGGGUCGAAAAUCUUGAUUUAGACCUCGUUUUUUGUUCCGACUUUUCCGUGCAAGUGUUGGUCGACCAUUUCGAGUAUUAAUUUUGGCCUAACACCCUUUUUCAUACUAAUUUUUACAUUAUUUUAGGUCCAGCCAUGUCGUUGAAGGACAAAUAUCAAGUGACGAAUGUUUUCAUCUCGGCCGUAACCCCCGACAACAUUUCCCGGAUGAGCCUGCUUUCUUGGGUCAAUGAUUGCCUCCAGUCCCAGCUAAAUAAGAUCGAGGAAAUGUCCACUGGGGCGGCUUACUGUCAGCUGACGGAUCGCCUAUUCCCUGGUUCUGUUCCUCUAAAAAAGGUGAAAUGGAACAGUCGGAACGACACUGACUGGGUUAACAACUGGAGAGUCCUCCAGAAGGCUUGGGGAGAUUUGGGAAUUGAUAAGGUGAGGAUUUUAUUAUGUAUCUACAAGUUUGCCUAGUACAAUAUAAUUUUGUUCUGAAUUUUUAGCCAAUUAACGUACUGACUUUGAUGAGGGCUAAAUUCCAAGACAAUUUUGAGUUCCUUCAGUGGUUUAAGAAGUUCUAUGAUGCUAACGACGCUGGCUAUGAAUACGACGCACUAGCUGCGCGAGGUGGGGAAGUAAGUUUCUUUGAUUAUUUUGAUUCGUUUAGUGAAGAAUGGAUGGAAUUGGCUUUUAAAUUGCGUAAUCCACUUCUUUUCAGCAAUUCCCAGUAUCGGCCGGGCGUCCAGGAGCCAGAGCGCCUCCAGCUCGAACAGUAGCCCCACCGACAAGAAGGUCUCCGGCUGUCGCUGCAACUACCCGUCCUGUUUCAAAAGCAACUCCACCAGCUGCUGCGCGACGUAGGGUUUUACUUUUUUCUUUGAAGCUUAGGAUUUAGGGGGUCAUUUUUUCCUCAUGUGUUCUAUGAUCGAAGAUGUCUAAAAUAAUGCAUUUCAGCGGCUACCACCUCUGCCCGACCAGUAAGAAGUGCUGCAAAUGGUGUCGAUGCCAAGGCCGAGGCUGCUUACAAAGAGGAGAUCACUCAACUCAAAGAUCAGGUUAGUUUUUUUAGAUAUUUUUGUAUUAUAGUAGAUGAAAUUUUUAUUUUUUUGAAUUUGGUUGUUGAUAAUAUUGUUCCAGCUUCAAACCUACGAGAAGGAAGUGACCAGUCUUUCGGAUGAGCGUGAUUUCUACUACAAUCGUCUGCGAUUGGUCGAGGAGCUGUGUCAGCAAAUCGGGGAAGAGAACUCGGUGCCCGUGGGAAAGGUGCUGGCCAUCCUCUACAAGAAGGUAAGCCCCGGAUGUGUGUUUCUUGAAUAUCGUGCAUCCCUGGAGCUCAGUGUAGGGUUUCUUUUGAUUUCCCUGCAGUCUAUAUCACACUCACGAUCCUUUUAUUUUCAUUUUAUUUCUUUUUGUUCUCGAUGUAAAGUGAUCGUAUCUUGUGUGUAUAGACUGUAGUUUAUACGAAUAUUGAGUCCUGAUUGGAAUGGCCUCUCUUCAGGACGACGAGUUGAGUACCGACGACUUUGAACAAGUUGAGCACGAAGUUGUCGAUCACUGCGAUCAAUCCAAUGCCACGGAGACGCUGGACCGAUCGGAGAGUGCGGCAGCCUUGGACAGUCAUCAGGAAGUCAACGGAAACGACGCCAAUGGAACUCAUGUAAGCAAAAAAUUUGGUUUUUUGACAAGAUUUACCGGUCAGGUGUCCAGUGAUAUAAAUUUUAUUCAGUUUUGCACCAUUUUUGAUGUUACUUUACUCUUUUCCGACUCUUGUUGUGGAUUGAGAUAACUUUGAUGAAUUUUAGGACAUUGUCGAGCCAGCCAACGAGACUGUCGGCGAAUUUGAGAGUGCCGUUGGUGUGGAAGGCCUCAAGCUUGAAGAGACUCCCGAAAAACCAAAGGAACCCGAAGCCGCACAGCCCGAGCCAGCCCCAAUCAAGGCCAAUGGAGAUGUCCACGGGCCCGAAGAGUUCUAA